AUGGUGGAUGCUGAAACUAUCGCCAACUGUGGGUUCGACUUGCAAGUUAACAAAAUCAGAAGGUUUCAAGUGAGGUCAGAUGAUAUUUUUAUUGUAACAUAUCCAAAGUCCGGAACAACAUGGAUGAAAGAACUCGUUCCAUUGGUGAUAAACGGUGGUGACAUAGACUCCAUUAAAGACACACCUCCUGAUGCCAGAGUGCCUCACUUAGAAUUUACUGUGUCUGACGACCCGUUACUAAAGCAUUUACAGGCUACGUUAGGUGUAAAUGAAGAUUUCGACUUGAAUAAAAUGGUGUCACCAAGAACUAUAGUUUCGCAUUUGGAGGCGAAAUAUUUACCACAGCAGAUUGAAGAAAAGAAAUGCAAGGUCAUCUAUGUCAGUCGUAAUCCAAAGGAUGUGGCAGUUUCCUGUUUUCAUUUUGUCCAAGCAGUGACCUCCUCACGCAGUUCACCAGGUUACGAGAGUUUCAGCGCCUUUUUACUUGAUUUUAUCAGUGCUAAAAAUGAUGCACAAUGUGUGAUUUACGGUGGUUCAUUGUGGAAAGACCAUGUUCUACACUGGUGGAGUCGAAGACACGAUAGCAAUGUUCUAUUUAUGUUUUAUGAAGAUAUGAAACAGGAUCUAAUAGGAAAUAUUAGGAAAGUGGCUGAAUUCCUCGAGGUUAAGCUUGAUGAUAAUGUUGUUGACAAGAUUGCCGAUCACUGUAGUUUUGAUAGCAUGAAGAAAAAUCCUAUGGCGCUUAAAAGUGAUUACUGUUCACAACGUUUGAAAGUCAACCCCACACAGGACUCUCCAUUUGUGAGAAAAGGUAAAGUUGGUGGAUGGAAGAACUAUUUCACUGUUGCUGAUAAUGAACUAUUUGAUUCACUCUACAAAGUUUGGAUCAAGGACAGCGAUUUGAAGAUGCAAUUUGACCUUCCAUAGUGACCUGCAAGAUAUCUUCUACAGUGGGAUAUAUAAUAUAUUUCACAGUGGUUACCAUGAUGACAUCACGUACGCACAUUUGGUACACAUGUUUAUGGUUGACAUAAACAUAUAUUACAGGAAUUUUAUAAAUACAUCGUUUAACUGUGUUCAGUUGAGGUAAUAUCGCAAUGUAUCAACUUUUGAGACGCAUCCCUGGUGAUCACAAGAUCAUAUCAAUGGCUGCAACCAUUGGCUGAUCUCAUGUUUUAUUUGUGAAAAUUUGUAAAAUUUUGUAAGAAACAGCCAGCGUGUAUUACGUCUGCUGACCGUUUGAAUGAAUAAAGAUGAACUAUCUGUAA